AGUUGACGUCUCCGGGGCGUCCGGCGCUGAGAUCCUGGGGGUGAGCAUGUGGGUCUGCGCGCUGCGGGAGGCGCGGACCCCGGCGCUGCUGCGGCGGAGCCUGCUCCCGGCCUCGGGCUGCCGCCCGCCUGCUGCCGCCUCCUACUCCGCGUCUGCCGAGGGCUCCCGGGUCCGGGCUCUGGUCUACGGCCACCACGGGCACCCGACCAAGGUCGUCGAACUGAAGAACCUGGAGCUAGCUGCUGUGGGCGGAUCAGACGUUCAUGUGAAGAUGCUGGCGGCCCCUAUCAAUCCAUCUGACAUAAAUAUGAUCCAAGGUAAUUACGGCCUCCUUCCGCAGCUGCCUGCUGUCGGAGGGAACGAAGGUGUCGGACAGGUGGUAGCAGUGGGCAGCAACGUGACUGGGGUGAAGCCAGGAGACUGGGUGAUUCCAGCAACUGCUGGUUUGGGAACCUGGCGGACCGAGGCUGUGUUCAGCGAGGAAGCUCUGAUCGGAGUUCCAAGUAACAUCCCUCUGCAGAGUGCUGCCACCCUGGGUGUCAAUCCCUGCACGGCCUACAGGAUGCUGAAGGACUUUGAGCAGCUGCAGCCAGGAGAUUCUGUCAUCCAGAACGCAUCCAACAGUGGCGUGGGGCAAGCAGUCAUCCAGAUCGCCGCAGCCCUGGGCCUGAGGACCAUCAAUGUGGUCCGAGACAGACCUGACCUCCAGAAGCUGACCGACAGACUGAAGAACCUGGGGGCCGAGCAGGUGAUCACAGAAGAGGAGCUGAGGACGCCUGAGAUGAAAAACGUCUUUAAGGACAUGCCUCAGCCACGGCUCGCUCUCAACUGUGUCGGCGGGAAGAGCUCCACGGAGCUGCUGCGGCACUUAGCACCUGGAGGAACCAUGGUGACCUAUGGAGGGAUGGCCAAGCAGCCUGUCAUCGCGUCUGUGAGCCAGCUCAUUUUUAAGGAUCUCAAACUUCGGGGCUUUUGGUUGUCCCAGUGGAAGAAGGACCAUAGUCCAGACCAGUUCAAGGAGCUGAUCCUCACUCUGUGCGAUCUCAUCCACCGAGGCCAGCUCGCGGCUCCCGCCUGCUCCGAGGUCCCACUGCAGGACUACCAGUGUGCCUUGGAAACCUCCAUGCAGCCCUUCUUGUCUUCAAAACAGAUUCUCACCAUGUGAUAACCCCAGAGGAGCCAGCGCCAAGUGGGAAGGGACGUGGGUCAACAGGACUGGUUUGGCCCCUUCGUCUGGGCCCUCAGCCUUCCCAGGCUGCUCCUCCCCUCCCUGUCCCUUCCCGCUAGGAGAGCUGUGAAGCCAGCCAAGGCGUUCCCCAGGCCGGCCUCGGGGUAUCUAAUAAAGUCUGAACUUCCUGAAAACAAACCAACAAACCCAUAGAAGUCGUCCCUGUUGAGAAGGACCAUCACUGCGCCUGCCACUUCCCAGGACUUAGCAGCUCCUGCUGCCUCGCCCCCAUUUGUGCCCCAGCGGUCAUUUCCUGACACCCUGAAAGCAAUGCCAGGGUGGGCCUGGCAGGUACAAAAGCCAGUGAAAUGCAAUCUCUGCCCUCAAGCUGUCCAAGCCCACAGAGGAGACUCUUCUAGAAGGGAAGGUCAGCUCCUCCUCAGUGGUGCAUGGCUCAGUCUGGGGCAGGGGGCGUGAAUGCCAGCCUGAGGAACUGAGGAAAUGUGGGCUUAGAUAGCUGGACCACCCUCUCGGAACGUCCAUUCUACCUGGGGAGCUAGGUGUUAGUUACACCAGUGGUUCUCAACCUGAAGUCAUCUUACCUCCAGGGGACAUUUGAUAAUUAUCUGGAGGCAUUGUCAUAAUUGAGAGGGCGCUACCUGCACCUAGUGAGAAGUCAGUGAUGCUGAUAAAAACCACCCUGCAGUGCACAGAACAGCCUCCCUCAACUAAGAUUAUCCAGUCCAGUCCUAGCUGGUUUGGCUCCGUGGAUAGAGCGUCGGCCUGUGGACUGAAAGGUCCCAGAUUCGAUUCCAGUCAAGGGUAUAUACCUCGGUUACAGGCUCCUCCCUGGCCCGGGCCCUGGACGGGGCUCGUGCAGGAGGCAACCAAUCGAUGUGUUUGAUGUUUCUCACAUUGAUGUUUCUUGCUAUCUUUCUCCCUUCCACUCUCUCUGAAAAGCAAUGGGAAAAUAUCCUCAGUGGUUGAGCAUUGACCUAUGAACCAGGAGGUCACAGGCCUGGUCAGGGCAUAUGCUCAGGUUGCAGGCUCAAUCCCUGAUUGUGCAGGAGGCAGCCAAUCAAUGAUUCUCUCUCAUCAUUGAUGUUUCUAUCUCCCUCUCCCUUCCU